AUGUCAAAGCUAGUGAUACAGACUGUUUUGCUAAUUAUUGAAGUCUUCUCCAUUCCCGUUGACAAUGGUGUUGAUGGUGAUCCGGAAAUAGAAUGUGGAACUUCUUCGAUAGCAAUCAACGCUAACACGCGCAAUCCUUUCAAAGGCCACGUAUACGUCAAGCUAUAUCUCAAUAUUCCUUGA